UGGUGGAAGCAAAGAAAAUGAAUAUCAGCUGUAUAUCUAUUUACUAUAUGGGUGGAUAUCAUAGAAUACUAACUUGUCUUACAGUAUUCUUAUAGUCCUGGACGAGUGCUUGUGUUGUGUUGUAGAGUAAGCAAGGAUUCUAUAUUCGAUUAGAUGAUAUUUCGGUGGUCGGAUAUUAAGCGAAUGAAUGAAUGCAUCACUAUGAAGGGAGUAAUACUAACCAUCGUUGUGUAUUGUUCUAUACUGUAUAUGUGUUCUGGCCACUCGAACCAUGAAGAAAGUAAAAAUGAACCUCACCAUCAUGAACAUUCACAUGAACAUACCUCAGUAAAAACCAGAACGUUUUCAGAAACAUUUGACAUGUGGUUAAAAGCGACGUUGGCCACAGGUUUAAUAAGUGCUGCACCAUUUGCAAUUCUCUUUUUUGUACCAUUGGAAAGUAAUGCUGAGGUUUAUCAACCAUUACUUAAAAUCUUGCUAAGUUUUGCUUCAGGUGGAUUGUUAGGAGAUGCUUUCUUGCAUCUUAUACCUCAUGCCAUUCACCCCCAUUCUCAUAGUCAGUCUCAUGAUCAUUCUCACGCCCAUGAUCAUUCUCACGCCCAUGAUCAUUCUCACGCCCAUGAUCAUUCUCACGCCCAUGAUCAUUCUCACGCCCAUGAUCAUUCUCACGCCCAUGAUCAUUCUCACGCCCAUGAUCACUCUCACGCCCAUGAUCAUUCUCAUGCUCAUGAUCACUCAGCAACAACCAGUGUUGGUUUGUGGGUGUUAGCCGGAAUAGUUGUGUUUCUUUCAGUGGAAAAGUUUGUUCGUCAUGUAAAAGGCAGCCACUCUCACACACAUUCCCAUCACGCAUCCACCAAACAAAAACAAACUGAUAAAAACAGUGAUGGUGAGGAUGAUAGAGAGAGCUGUAAAAGUAAGGAUACAAAUUUAAGAAAGAGAAAAUCAUCAAACAUCAAAUCAGAUGAUAAAAAAGAAGAGCAAAAUGAUUCACCUACAUCAAAAGACACCAUGGAAGUAGCUGGCUAUUUAAACCUUGCUGCUGAUUUUACCCACAACUUUACAGAUGGUCUUGCUAUUGGUGCUUCAUUUUUGGGCGGCAACACCCUUGGAUUUAUUACAACAAUAACAAUACUUUUACAUGAAAUCCCACAUGAGAUCGGGGAUUUUGCAAUUUUGAUACAAUCUGGUUGCAGCAAAACAAAGGCAAUGUAUCUACAAUUAUCCACAGCCACAGGUGCAAUGGCUGGUUGUAUUCUUGGUUUAUUGGCGGAAAACAUUGGGGAAGCAGCAAUAUCAUGGAUUCUACCCUUCACAGCCGGUGGUUUUAUAUAUAUUGCUACAGUUUCUGUUAUCCCUGAACUUCUUGUAGAUUCAAACCCAAAACAAACAGCGAAGGAAAUAAUAGCUAUGUUAGUUGGAAUAGGAAUGAUGGUGGUCAUUUCUGCACUGGAAUAAAUACUUUUUGUAGCUCUAAUCAUGAAAUGCAAAACUAAAACAAUGAAAUUUACAUAUUGUUAGGAUUAAAAUAUAUAUAGAGGUUUUUUUCACUGCUAAUAUAAUGCUUUAUAAGUAGAUAGGUAUAUUGCUUAUUAAUAUUUAAUCAACUUACAAAUAAUAAAUAAAUUUUCAUAUAUAUAUACAUAAAACUUACUACAAGUUGACAAUACUUGUGAAAUAACCUUUCUUGCCAUGCAUACAGCUUGCAAAAGUUAUUUUGCCCGUGUCAAAUUGCGAGCUAAAAUAAGAUUUUUUUAAACUGUCUGUAACCUUAUACUUGCAGUGAGUAAAGUUAGACGUGCACUAUGUUUUGGACCAAGUAAAAAAGAUCAUAGUAUUUUAAAA